AUGGCCGCUACUCCCUCCCUGUCCUUUGGGGGGCGCUGUGGGCGCAGUGGUAGCCCCGCCCAUUCCAAUGAUGUCACUGCCAUGGGCGUGGCGAUGGAAGCGGAAGCGAAGCGCGGGGCCGGCAGGUGGAGGGGCGACGAACGGGAGCGGGCACUUCAGCGGGAGUACAGGCAGGAGUACCAGCGCUGCCUGGAGCAGGAAUUCCAUCGAGGACAUGCUGGGACCAGCCCCACCCCCUCUCUGAGCGAGCAGUUGCGGCAGCGGCUGCGGCGGGAGCCGGCAGUGCUGGAGGCCCUGCAGGAGGACGGCCCCACCAUGGUGGCCCAUGGGCUGCAGGGCCACCCAGACCCAGAGCUGGCACUGCAGGGCCUGGCUGCAGCCUUCCAGCUGCUGGAAAGGGCAGCUGUCAACCUCUACCUCUUCCCCUGGCGGAAGGAGUUCUGCACUGUCCAGACCUUCUCUGGCACCUACGUGCACUCCCUGCGCCCAGUGCUGCCGGAAGCCGACCUGCUGCGGAGCUUUGGCCGGCUGGGCUAUGAACGGCGGGACCAGCACUGCCUGACCGUCUGCCGGCCUCGCCCCGGGCCCGAGCUGCUCGCUGCCGCCUGUGGCUUCUUGGCUUGUCGGCUGGAGUGCGAGAUCCUGGCAGAGGUGAUGGCUCAGCUGUGCCCACACAGGCCCUGUGCCAGGGAGGUGCUGGAGGCACGCCGGCUGGCUGGGAACGUGGAGGCCUGCGUGGAGAUGCUGCAGCAGAUGGGGACACAGACAGAGGCAGGAGCUGACUCUGGUGAUGACAGUUUGGAUCUCUACCAGGAGAUGCCAACUGGUCCAGACGAUGCUGGGGGAGAGGAUGCAGCCUCCCCCGCACCAUGGAGGGACCCUGGGGGCUGGGACCAGCGUGCAUGUGGAACCUCCACGGACAGCCCCAGACUGGACUCCACUUUGCAUUUCUACCUGGAACAGGAGCUUGGGGGAGCCAACAGAGGCUGCCAAAUGCUGGGAGAAGCCCAGGAUUCACCCACUGCUAUCCCCCAGGAAGCCCCUGAGCUACCCUGCUACCAGCUGCACUCCUGCCUGCAGCGGGGCACGCUGCCAUCCUACUGCUGCAUUACCUGCCAGCAGCUCCACGCCGGCACCUGUGCAGCUGGGCUGGCGUGCCGCAGCCGGCACCGCGGGCAGGAGCUGUGCAGCGAGCGUCAGCAACGGCUCUGGCUGCAGCGGACAGAGGUGGACAUGCUGCUGGCUGACAGCUCUGGACCCUGGUCCUAG